CCCCCAGGGACAGACGGGGCAGAGACGCACCCGGAGCACCAUGCACCUGCUGCUCUGCCUGGCCUGCGUGGGGGCCCUGGUGUGCACCAGCCACCAAGCCCCCGAGCUGCUGAUGGCGGCGCCCAGGCUGGUGCCGGUGGGCGUGGAGGUGGGGGUCCUGCUCCAGGCCGAGGGGGUGGCCGGGCAGCUCGACGGGACCCUCUACUUCCAGAACGAGGUCGACACGCGGCAGAAAUGCUCCGGCGAGAAGCUCUUCAGCCUGCGCCCCGAGAACGGCCACAUGCAGCUCCUCAGCCUGAAGGUGACCCCCGAGCUGGCGGGUCGCUGUGGCCUGGCCGCGCUGCGUCGGGGUCGCUACGUCCAGCUGGUCGCGCGGAGCCCCCAGCUGCCCCCCCCGGGCGCCCGGACCCUGAGACUGGCCUGGACGAGCCGGCGCGGGCAGCUCUUCCUCCAGACCGACACGCCGGUCUACACGCCCCGGCAGAAGGUUCACUUCCGAGUCUUCGCCCUGAACCACGAGCUGCGCCCCACGGCCGAGUCCAUCACCAUCACUGUCCUGAACAGCCAGGGGCUGCAGGUGCGGAAGGUGGAGCGGUUCCCGCAGAACUGGGUCAUCACGGACCAGCUCUCGAUCCCCGACAUCUCCGAGCCCGGGACCUGGCGCAUCACGGCGCGGUUCUCCAACGCCCUCGAGUCCAACACCAGCGCCGAGUUCGAGGUGAAGAAAUACGUGCUCCCCAAUUUCGAGGUGAAGAUCAUCCCCGACCGGACCCACAUGCUGGUGAGGGGAGAGGGGGCCCCUGAUUUGCGCAUUGACCUGCAGGUCAGGUUCGUCUACGGGAAGGGGGUGAACGGUGUCGCCUACCUGAGGUUUGGGGUGAGCAACGAGGAUGGGGAGAAAACCUUCCUCAGGGGCCUGGAGCAACAGGUCACGGUGAACGGGGGGGCAGCAAGCGUGACCCUAAAGCGCCGCCUCCUGGCAGAGAAAUGGGGCCGAGGCCUGGAGGAGCUGGCAGGGACCAGCCUCUACAUCGCGGUGACCUUCGUAGAGACCGCCAGCGGGGAGCUGGAGGAGCAGGAGCUGAGCACCGUCCAGUUCGUGACGUCUCCCUACAGCGUGGACCUGUCGCAGACCAAACGGCACCUCAUCCCCGGGGCGCCCGUCCUCGUGCUGGCCCGCGUCACCCUGGCCGACGGCUCCCCGGCCCCCCGCACCCCCGUGUGGGUCUCAGCCGAGGUGUCGGGGGGCCCAUCCCACCCCCCGAGACGGGUGGCGGCGGACGAGAGCGGGGGGGUGAUGUUCCCCCUCAACCUGGACCCCCGAGCCAGCGCCCUCACCCUGAAGGUGGUGGCGGGGGAGAGGGACCCGGCCGAGGCGUCUCUCCAGGCCACGGCGGUUCGGUCCCCCAGCGGGAGCUACCUGGUGCUGGACGCCCAGCGCGCGGGCGCCGUGGGGCCCGGCCAGUCGCUCUCCGUGGGGCUCAAGGACCUCGGCUCCGGCGCCUUCUCCCACUUCUACUACAUGGUGCUGCACCGGGGCUCCAUCGUGGCGGCGCGCGCCGUGACCCGGACGUCCUACACCGUCAUCUCCGUCCCCGUCACCCCCGAGCUGGUCCCGGCCUUCCGGCUGGUGGCCUUUUACCGGCGCGGGGACGAGGUGGUGGCCAACUCGCUGUGGGUGGACGUGCUGGACCGCUGCCAGGGGAAGCUGGAGUUGCAGCUGGACCCGGAGAGCUGGGAGCUGCGCCCCCACGAGACGCUCAAGUUCACGGUGGCCACCGACUCCCGCGCCGCCGUCUCCCUGGUGGCCGUCGACUCGGCCGUCUACGUGCUCAACCGGCGGCACCGGCUCACGCCCGCCAAGGUGUUCGCGGCCAUGGGCAGCUACGACCUGGGCUGCUCGCCGGGCAGUGGGGCCGAUGCCCUGGGGGUCUUCGAAGACGCCGGCCUGGCCCUGCGCGUGGGGGAGCUGGAGAGCCGGCUGCAGAGCGGGCACGGCUGCGGCCAGGACGCCCCCCGCAGGAAGCGCUCGCUGGACUUCCAAGUGCAGGCCCAGAAGAGGGCCGCGCGGUACCAGGGCGACCCGCGGGCUCUGCGGUGCUGCCGGGACGGGAUGACCCAGGUGCCGAUGCGCCGGACGUGCGAGCAGCGAGCGACGCGGAUCCAGGGCCCCGACGCCGCCCGCUGCCAAGGCCCCUUCCUCGACUGCUGCAAAUUCGCCACCGAGCUGCGCCGCAAGGCCUGGGGCUCCGGCGGGCUGGCCCGGGUGAACCCCGAGCUGGACGAGGACGAGUUCUUCGACGACGAUUCUGUGCAGACCCGGAGCGUCUUCCCCGAGAGCUGGCUCUGGAAAACCGUCACCGUGACGGGGAGCAGCCGGCAAACCCACCUGGUGCCGGAUUCGAUCACCACCUGGGAGAUCCAGGCCGUCAGCAUGUCGCCGACCUCCGGGAUCUGCGUCUCCGACCCGCUCAGCGUCCGCGUCUUCCAGGAUUUCCACGUCUCGCUGCGGCUGCCCUACGCCGUGAAGCGCUUCGAGCAGCUGGAGCUGCGCCCGGUGCUGUACAACUACGGGGAUCGGCCCGUCAACGUCUCGGUGCACAUGGAGCGCUCGGAGGGCAUCUGCUCCCCGGCGACGGGGGACCGGAUCCGGCGCCAGGCCGUGCAGGUCCCGGCGAAGGGGGCUCUGGCCGUGCCCUUCACCGUGGUGCCCAUGGGCGCCGCCGACAUCCCCAUCACCAUCACGGCGCAGGGGGCCUGGGGGCUCGGGGACAGCGUCGCCCGGAGCCUGCGGGUGGAGAGAGAAGGCACCGCCCAGCUGGAGGAGAUGAGCUACUCGCUGGAUUCUGAAGAGCGGCACAGCCGGGCGCUGGAGAUCCCGGGGGAGCUGCCCCCCAACGCCCUCCCCGACGGGGACUUCAAGAUGAGCGUCCGCGUCACGGCCGACGAGCCGGUGGAGACGCUGGAGAAGUCGCUCUCGCCCGCCGGGCUGGCGGGGCUGCUGCGGGUGCCGCGGGGCUGCGCCGAGCAGACCAUGAUCUACCUGGCGCCCGGGCUCUACGCCAUGCGCUACCUGGACGAGACCGAGCAGUGGGCCCAGCUCCGCGCCGAGCGCAAGCAGGAGGGGCUGGAUCACCUGCGUGUGGGCUACGAGCGGAUCCUGACCUUCCGCAAGGCGGACGGCUCGUACGGCGCCUGGCUGCACCGGGCCAGCAGCACCUGGCUGACGGCGUUCGUGGUGAAGGUCCUGGCGCUCAGCCGGCAGUACCAGGACGUGGACGCUGCCGGGAUUCGGGAGUCGGUCACGUGGCUGCUGGGAAACCAACAGGCCGACGGCUCCUUCCGCGACCCCCAGCCCGUCAUCCACCGGGACAUGCAGGGCGGCGUCGGGGGGCAGCAGGGGGGCGUCUCGCUCACGGCGUUCGUGGUGGUGGCCCUGAAGCAGGCGCUGGUGCUGUACGAAGGGCAGGAGGCCGACCCGGAGCUGCAGAAGGAGACGCAGGAGCAGCAGGCGCGCGUGAAAAGCAGCCUGUCCCGGGCCACGCGGUACCUGGCGGCAGCGCGGAGCAGGGCCGGGCCCCUACCCGCCGCCAUCUCGGCCUCGCCCUGUCCCUGGCCUCCGACGACGCCGGCGCCAUCGGGCAGCCGACCGCCGGCUCGAGCUCGCCCUGCCGGACGCGCGUCUGCCCCCAUGCAGCCUCUGCCCCGGCCCUUGCUGCUGCCUGUGUCCCCGGCUCCCCCCAGUGGCGGCGGGCGGUACCGCAGCCCCAGCGCCCCCCAGUGGCGACGGGGGGUAGCGCAGCCCCAGCUCCCAGUGGCGACGGUGGUAUCGCAGCCCCAGUUCCCCAGUGACGACGGGUGGUACCGCAGCCCCAGCUCCCCCCAGUGGCGGCGGGCGCCCCAGCUCCCCCCAGUGGCGGCGGGCGGUACCGCAGCCCCCCAAGGCUGGUGUAGUGAAGCUGGGUCUCUCCCCCCAGAGGGGACCAUGAUGUUUUGGGCAGCGGAGCAGGGUGGGGCCACCUCCGCUUCGGCCAUCUCGGUCGAGACCACGGCCUACGCGCUCCUGCACCUCGUGCUGCACAACGACCUCGCGACCGCCAAGAAGGUCGCCCGGUGGCUGACGGAGCAGAAGAACUACGGUGGCGGCUUCAAAUCCACACAGGACACGGUGGUGGCACUGGAUGCCCUCUCCCAGUACUGGAUCAACACCUACAACCCCGAAGAGAACGAGCUGGAUUUAACUUUCUCCAGCCCUGGCAGAUCAGGCACCAAGAAAGUGAUUCUCGGCGGCUCCCAGAACCACAUCCAGGAAGAGCUGCAGUUCUCCCUGGGCGACAACCUCCGAGUGAAGGUGGAAGGGAAAGGAAAGGGGACCCUGACUGUGCUGAAGAUGUACAACGUGCUGGAGCUGCACAACAGCUCGUGCCAGAGCCUGGGGCUGGAGGUGACGGUCAGCGGGGACGUGCGCUUCGAGGUGGACGAGGACUAUGACUACGACUAUGGGGGGGAGGCCCCCGCGGCCGAGGCUCCGCUCCACCCCAUCCACUGGUUCGACGCCCGGCGCCGGCGCCGCAGGGAGGCGGCUGAUCCCGGCCAGCGCAACAAGGACGUGGCCUAUUCCGUCUGCAUCUGGAGGAAGCCGGGCUCCCGUCUCUCCGGCAUGGCCAUCGCCGACAUCACCCUGCUGAGCGGCUUCCAGCCCCACGUGGACGACCUCGACAAGCUGAAGGACCUGGCUGAUCGCUACAUCAGCCACUACGAAGUCCAGGGCCAGAGACUCCUGCUCUACCGAGACGGUGAGAGGGUCGGGAGGGUGCCCCAGGAGCGGGACUGUGUGGGGUUCCGGGCCGCCCAGCCGGUGCCCGUGGGGCUGCUCCAGCCGGCCAGCGCCAGCCUGUACGACUUCUACGAGCCAGCCCAGCGCUGCAGCAUCUUCUACACGGCCCCGGCCCGGAGCAGGUUCGUCUCCGCCCUCUGCUCCCAGGACGUCUGCCAGUGCGCCGAGGGCGCCUGCCCGCGGCUCAGACGGACCCUGGAGGACCAGGUGACGGAGGCCAAUCGGACCGAGUUCGCCUGCUACAGCCCCCGGGUGCAGUACGGGUACGAGGUUCGGGUUCAGCGGGAGGAGGAGCUGAGCGGCUUCGGGCCUACAAGGCCGAGAUCCUGGAGCCCUGCAGUUCACGGAGGACGUGGGGCUGCAGGCCGGGCAGAGCCGCCGGUUCCUGGUCCGGGCUCGUGCCGGACCCGCCUGGUGCCGGGCAGACGCUACCUGGUGAUGGGGCAGGACGGGAGACGCUGGACCCCAGGGCCGGUGAGUGCGGGGCGGGGAGGGCGCCCGUACCUGCUGGACGCGGCCGCCUGGAUCGAGUUGCUGCCGGAGCCCAGCCGGUGCCGGGCCACGGCCCAUCGGAACCGCUGCGCCCAGCUCCGGGCCUUCGCCCAGAGCUACGGGGAGAACGGCUGCCGGGUGUGA